ACAGACACUCAAAUAACUUGUGGGAAACCACCUCUAUUCUUUUUCUUACACCGGAGUUAUUGCAGUGUUGCUGUUAAUUCUUCAUCUUCCUGGAUAGAGACGUUCAUUGUUGGUGCGCCCCGGAUGCUUGGCUAGUCGACCGAGAGCCAACAACGACUCAAUUCCUCUUCCCCAUUUUCGCUUUCGAUUCUAUUUUCCAAGGCGACUGCUAGCAUUGGAGUACAUACAACAGGGGGAGCCUUCAGCUCCUAAGAUACGUCAAUAUGCUCUCCGAUAAGUACAUAGGCCUAAUUUUGGCCAUCCUAUCAACGAUGGCAAUAGGCACAAGUUUUGUUAUUACCAAAAAGGGGUUAACGCAGGCGUCCGAACAACAUGGAUUCGAGGGAGAAGGAUUCUCAUAUUUGAAAAGUCCGAUUUGGUGGGGUGGUGUUAUCACACUGGCUAUUGGAGAAGUCGCAAACUUCGCAGCCUACGCUUUUGCGCCUGCGAUCCUCGUUACGCCUUUAGGCGCAUUGAGUGUUUUAAUAGGUGCGGUCCUCGGUUCCUACUUUCUCAAUGAGAAAUUGGGCACAUUGGGUAAAAUGGGCUGUGCUUUGUGUCUGCUCGGCUCCGUUGUGAUUGUGCUUCACGCGCCUCCGGACAAACCCGUCGAGACAAUCGAAGAAAUUCUGCACUAUGCCCUCCAACCAGGAUUUCUUCUCUAUUGUCUUGCUGUCGCAAUUUACUCUACCGUCAUGAUCUACCGAGUUGCGCCGGUCUACGGCAAAAAGAAUCCCCUCAUCUUUAUCUCGAUCUGUUCCACCGUCGGUUCCGUCUCCGUCAUGUCCGUUAAGGCUUUUGGCAUUGCCUUGAAGCUUACCCUUGGUGGCCACAACCAAUUUACGCACGCAUCGACCUACGUUUUCAUGAUCGUCACGGCUUUCUGUAUCCUCACCCAGAUGAACUAUUUCAACAAGGCGUUGAACCAGUUUUCUACCUCGAUAGUCAAUCCCCUUUAUUAUGUGACGUUUACGACGGCCACAUUGUGCGCUUCCUUCAUCCUUUUCAAGGGCUUCAACACCACUGACGCUGUCAACACGAUUUCGUUGCUUUGCGGGUUUCUCAUCAUCUUCUCCGGCGUAUAUUUGUUGAAUCUCUCCCGACAUGACCCGGAUGGGCGGCAGAUGCUGAACUCCAAGCUAGAUGAUGAAGGUGUGCCAACCGAUGGAAUUGCAAGCUUCCAAACCCGCCGGUCUAUGCAGUCCCGUCGGAGCAACGAGCCCCAUCGUCGAAGUUCAUCAAGCAUUGCCUUCCUGAAUGGCAAUGGAGACCGUGAAGGCCUCAUUCACGCCUAUGAUGUGGAGAACCAAGCUUAUGGGCUGUCAGAGUUAACUGAAGAAAGUGACGGAGAGCCAGGCCCCACGUAUAAAAAUAAAAGAAGCGACGACCUAGAACGCACCUCCCAUCAACCCAACAAGCAUGACGAGCGAUAGUAUGACGGUCUCGGUCUCUCUUCUUCAUUUGAUCUGCUGGUUUUCAUUUACGACAAGGAUACUGCUGUUACGUUUUUCCUUUCUCUCUUUUGUUUUCCCCCCACUCGGUCAUGCGUUGCUAUUGCCACCAUUCGACCCAAGAAUCUUGUUUUAUGGCUGCAUUGUACUUUUACUUCUCUUGAAGCGCAAGAAAAUAUACCAGGCUGAGGAACUAGGGAUGCUCAUGAGUCAUUUGAACUGAAUUGGACAAGUUUUCUAUAUAUAUAUAUUUUUUUCCCUUUGGUUUCUUCUUCUAUUCAUUUUUAUUUCCCCCUCACACCUUGCCUUUCUGGCCAACUCCUUGACUGGGGUUAGAAGAGGAACGGUUGUCUGCGACAAACAGAUUUGUAUAUACGCAUCGUUGUCAGGUUUUGAGAUAGAUAUUGUGCAUUGACUCAUUUGGGAAUAUUUUGUUGGUAGUCAUCUUGUUAAAAAGGAUCAACAUAAAAAGAAAGAGAGAGAGAGAGAGAGAGAGAGAGAGAGAGAGAGA